GUCCUGUACGCCGGUUGGUUCUGCUCUCUUGUGAUUGAUGUCGGGUGUGGUAAGGUGACCCCUCCCCCGCCCUGUGUGGGGUGUAUAGUAUGGGGGGAGCGUGGGCCCAUAGUCUCUGCUAUAAGGAGAUUAUUCUGGAGGAUGCAAAUCUGUUUGCACUGACUAGUUCUGGGUUCACACGUAUACUCUACACUUAACCAUGCAGACCGAUGUCAAUACUACUGAGGAGAUGGAAUUUCGCAUUCCGCACAAACGUCAGAGAGUUGGCAACCCGAUGUCAGACACUACACUCGGUAUGCAGAGUGAAGAAUAUGAAGAGGUUAACAACUCAGAAUAUGACUAUGAGGCAGAAUAUGAAAAUGCAAGCAUCAUCUCUGAUGUCUCUUACUCUGGAGAACAGCAUCCUACACUCACAGAAGUUCUCAGCUAUUGCCAGGCAAUGUAUGACAUAGUCGUCAAGCUCGAUAAGAAGAUGGAUUUACUCCAGAGAAAGGUAUCUGAGAUGCACCAUACCCGGAUGAAGCCACAUUUCAAGUCUAGGCCAGUUAACUUUCAACCUAGAGGUACUCAGCCCCAUGUCCAGGGUCUUACGAGGUUACGGAAACUAAACCAAGGAGUCCCAAGCUCACUGAUUAUACAGCCUCCAAGAAACCCUCCAAGCCAUCCACAAAAGCCUGAAGAGGAGAGAAAACUGCACCAUCAAAGCAUCCCGAAAUUUAAACCUGUUACUUCAAUACCCCUUCCAAUAGAAUCUCAACAGACUCUGCACAGAUCAAGUCCACCGCUGCCCACCAUUGUAUCGACCCAUUCUUUGCAGUCAAUCAUUACAGUAUCAGAUGAAGAUAACAGAGAAGUAAAAAUUGAAAUUUUGCCAGAAAGUACUUGUUCUUCUCCACCAAUUAUCACUGCACCUCUUGCAACUUCAUCAGUGGGUCAAAAAAAACCUGAGGGAAUGGCUGCAGAGAUUGAGUCAGUGUUAGUGCCAUGCAUGCCUGUGCAAACAAAUAUUAUCAGUGAAGAGCUACCAUCAUCUUCAGUUCAGAUGGUUCCAAUAUAUGAAUUUCUUGGAGAUCCAAGUAGAAAUAUCAAAGUCCCAGGCAGCUUCUUGAUGAAGGCGAGACAGAAGACACAGCCAAAGUAUGCUGCACGUUACUUGGUUCGUGCUCUCUUCACUAAAGAGGAAUUGUUGAGCAGUGCUACUGGAACCAGCAUACAAGGAUUGAUGGCCCUUGAUGCCCAUAAGGUUGCAGCAAUAAGAGAAUUUCUAGCAUCUGUAUUUCCUGAAUGUCAUCUUGGAGAAUAUGGAAAAGACUGGAAAACCUGCACCACUAAUGUUAAUGCCAUGAUCAGAUGUUUGCAUUUAGAAACAAAGAAAAGUACAAGCAACGCCUGUCCUAAAGUUGCAUCUCAAAUUCCUGAUGACUCAAUUUGCUUGGAUUCUGAUGAUGGGAUGGAGGAGGACAAUGAAGUGGAAGUUCCAGAUGAUGUCACUCAGACCAGCACUUUACCUGUGAAUGCUGGAAAUAAACAGAAGGAUAACAGAGCCUCUCCGCCUCAGAUAAUUGGAAUGUCUUCCAAACAGAAAGCCUCAGACCCUAUAGAAAGUUUUGGUGAACCCUGGAGAAAUGUUCAAUUACCAUUCUCAGUCAUAUAUAUUGGCAAAGGGAAGUCUCGUCCAGAACUCUCUGCUAGGUAUUUGAUAAGGCAUCUCUUCUCGGAGGAAGUUCUUGUAAAGAGCAAUGUGUACGGAAACUUGGAACGUGGAGUUCUUCCAUUAGACUCCAACAGAAUUGCUGCUUUAAGAGACUUCCUACAGCAGAAUUACUCAUUGUUUGAUCUGAAGGAAAAUGGUCAAGAUUGGAAAGCAUGUGUGGCUGCGAUAAACAGUACCAUCCGAAGCCUCCGUCAUGAUCAGAAAAAGGCAACAUUGCAUUCUCGGAAAAAGAUGGGUCAAUCGUUUUGACAGCCUGAAGUAACCAUCUGAUGCUUGCGCUGUCCAUAUUCUGGUUGGUGCCGAGAUGUGCCUUUUGUCUACUGAAUUUUUUCUACUGACACCUUUUUACUGACUACUUUUAAAUACAGUCCAAUACAGAAAUGUGGAGUAAUACCUUCAUAUUUACAUUUACAACAUUUGUUUGUGAUGGUUAAUGGUAUGAAAGUAGGUUCCUUCUGUUGUGCGCCCCACCCCAUCGCAAAGUAUAGAAUUGUCCCAGUACAACAUAUGAUGUUAUAUUUUAUUUUGUAUUUGAUUCUAUAGAGUUCAUCACUGAGCCUCCACCUUAACCACAUUGUAUAGGUAGAUACUGUAUUAUUAUUUUUUUAUAAAUAGUUAUUGCUAUGGUUCUGUAAUUUUAAGGAAAUCUAUAUUAUCCUGUUUUAUUUGUAUUAAUAUUGUUUAGAACAACAAAGAGUGGGUCAUAUACAGCCGAUAGCAGCUAGUCAGCUUACUUCUUAUAUUACUAUGGGGAACAGGUUUUAUGCAUAAAGCCCAUUGUUUAUAUGAAAUAAUAUUAAAUAUGUCGUCAAUGUUCACCAGCAGCCAUAUUGUUUUAUGGUAUGGUAGCUCAAAAUCAAUGGCAUAAAAGUUUGCCACCAAGUAUACAUAUAUUGCUGGGCUUCAUGUGCUGGAAGCAGAGUACUCAUACAUGUUAAAAAUAUAUAUUUUAUGACAUGGAGUACAGCACAAGGAAUAUUUACAACAUCUUUCUGUUAUUGACUGCAGGACAGACUAUUUAUUACCUUUUAUGGGGCAGUAAAUACAUGAGGGAUUGUUAACUUCCAGUCUGUGUUUCCCUUAAAUCCUCCUAUUAGGCCGCAUUAUUUACAUCACCAUUUUUACAUUGUCUAGUUCAUUCGAUUUUAUACUAAUUGUAUUGUUUUGGUCCAUAUAUUUUCAUCCGAUUUUUUUUUGUCGGUUGGAAAAUCGUCCUGUCUUGACUAAAGCAAAUUUCAAUCUAUAUAUUUUUUUUUUUUGGAAGACUACCACCAUAUGUCUGACAGAUACAAUAUUAAGAAAUCAGAUUUUAGUUUUUAGCAUACAAUUUCAUGCGAUUUUAAGCAAUCCGUUUCAACAAGACAUUUUAUAGAUGCAAAAAUCGUGAUGUAAACGCAGCCUUAGAAUUUUAUUGUUAAUAGGGAGAACUACUGGGCAAGUGCUUGUUCAAAGUGAGUGGCCCCUUUCUUUGUACAGAAGCACAAAUGUCUGUCAUUUCUCUAUAAUCCGCAGGCACUGAUAAUAGUGGUGUCUCUUAUUCUAAUUUGUAAUAGUGAUUCGGACUUUAUAUAUAGCAGGGUUAUGGUGAAGUUUUCUUAAGAGACAAAUAGUCAAUAUGUUAUUUGUUUUUUCUAACAUUUUGUGUAUUGAGCGAAAUGCUUCUACAGCUCCAGAGAUAUUUCUGUGAAGAUCUAUCUGUGAUUUCUAGAAUAAUGUUACUUGCAGGAAAUUUUCAAUGACCUUACACAUUACAAUGCCUAAAGUCACUGUCCCUUAUCAAUGAGAACUUGUGCAAAUAAGGAGCAACGUGCAUAGCUUUUGUCUACACCAGUCUACAUAAAUUAGUCUUAUGGUAUUGUUGUCACAUGGGUCUGUAUACAAUGCUUAUGACACAACAUGAAAGUAUGUGGUGCAAUGUUCUAAAGUCUGUGGUGUUUGCAUUUUAUUUUGUCUUUUUUUGUUAAGCUUUUUAGUCAAAGAGCUUUUUAAAGGUAACAUACAUUUGUCAAGAUGUUGUAUUUAUGUGAGCAACACAAACAGAUUAAAGUGCUUAAUGUUCUAUUUCUAGAAUACUGCAGGGAUUUUUCAUAUUUUUUGUUAAACUCUAAAUUGCAAAUCACCAUUGUCAAGGUCAUGUAUCAAAUGGAUUUUUUUAAAACUUAUUUUAUUGAAGUGAGUGAUAAAAUGGAAGAAAAUAUUUUCAUAAAGCAUAUUGUGAAACCCUAA